AUGGACCCCAGCAAGCGGUACCAGGUGCGGCCCAGCAGCGCCAAGUACGACGCGCGGCCCGGCAUCAAGUGGUCCGACAGCCUCUGGGGUUUCCGCGUCAUCGUCGCCGUCAUUAUCGGGCUCGCUGUAGCAGGAUUCGCUUUCGUCCUGCCCGGUUUGGACAGCCCGACCCUGCAGGCGGUGCUGUACGCGGUAGUGAGUGCUGCGGUGUUCCUGGCGUUGCUCUUCCUCUUCCUCGUGCAACACAUCGACCCCGGGAUCAUCCCGCCCUCCGAGAUUAAAGGUGGUAGCAGCAGAGAGGGGGCAGAUCUCCCAGACCUCGUGAUUGACUCGCACGGCCAGUGGGCGCGCCAUUAUCUGCUGCUGCUUAUCUCCUCCCUGCUCUUUCUGCUCUGCUCCCUCUCCCCUUUCCCUUUCCUCCCUGCCCGCCUUCUCCCCCCAGACCCUGAGGUGGUAGCAGCAGAGAGGGGGCAGAUCUCCCCAGAUCUCGUGAAAGAUUCGCACGGCCAACCCCGAGGUGGUGGCAGCAGAGAGGGGGCAGAUUUCGCCAGACCUAACCCGGAAGUAGUAGCAGCAGAGAGGGGGCAAAUCUCCCCUGAUCUGGUCAUCGAUUCUCACGGCCAGUGGGCGCGCCGCCGCCUGCUGCUGGACGGGCGGUCGGAGAUCACCCAGCGCUACUGCAGCACGUGCAAUCGGUUCGACCACCACUGCGGCGCAGUGGGCACGUGUGUGGCGCGCAAGAACCACCGCUUCUUCACUGCUUUCCUCUUCUCCGCCUCACUGGUAAGGGAGGGAUGGUGCUUUCAGAGCCAAAAAAUGCUUAACUCUUCCUUCCACCUCUCCGUCCCCUCUCCUCCCUCCCCUCCUCUCCCUCCCCUCCUCUUCCUCCUCUCUCUCGUGUCCUCUUGUGCUUCUCUCAACAACAGCGUCUCUCCGCUGCUGUAUGCUCCAUUGCUCGCUCGUGGCCAUUUUUCUUGGUCUUCGUUCUCCUCUCUCGAUUCUCGUCCCUCUGUGCCUCCCUCCUCUUCUUCUCCCCUCGUGUUUUUCCUAGUCCAGGCGUCCGGUCUGCUGCUCUAUGCGAUUGCGUCGGGUCUUCUGCUGUAUGCGACUGUCCUGCGACUCAAGGAGGAGGACUGGGAUAAUGCGACAGCUGACAAGUUUCAAAACUCUAUGCGACUCAAGGAGGAGGACUGGGAUAAGGGUCUGAGCGAGCAGGAGGUGGGUCUGAGCGAGCAGGAGGUCUAUGUCUUCUUCCUCAUGCUGCUCGCCCUUGCCUACUUCUACACCUCGCUGCUCUUCUUCUUUGCUGUCAUGCACGGCACCAUCCUUCUCUGCGGUACGUGUGCUCUCCUCCCCCUUCCCUUACUCUCCAUUCCACAUCCCUCGCCUACUUCUACACCUCACUGCUCUUCUUCUUUGCCAUCAUGCACGGCGCGAUUCUUCUAUGCGCAAGCAGCAGCGUAG